UGAAACUCGCACAGUCUCUGCGAUUGAGAGGAGAAAUGGAGCAGAACCAGCUGGACCGAGAAACCUUCUCCUGCUCGAUCUGUCUGGAUCUACUGAAGGAUCCGGUGACUACUUCCUGUGGACACAGCUACUGCAUGAAGUGUAUUAAAGCACACUGGGAUGGAGAGGAUCAGAGAGGAAUCUACAGCUGCCCUCAGUGCAGGGAGACGUUCAUACCGAGGCCUGCUCUGAAGAAAAACACCAUGUUAGCAGCUUUAGUGGAGCAGCUGAAGAAGACUGGACUCCAAGCUGCUCCUGCUCAUCACUGCUAUGCUGGACCUGAAGAUGUGGCCUGUGAUGUCUGCACUGGAAGAAAACUGAAAGCCAUCAAGUCCUGUUUAGUCUGUCUGGCCUCUUACUGUGAGAAACACCUUCAGCCUCAUUAUGAUUCAGCUCCUUUAAAGAAACACAAGCUAGUGGAGCCCUCCAAGAACCUCCAGGAGAACAUCUGCUCUCGUCAUGAUGAGGUGAUGAAGAUGUUCUGUCGUACUGAUCAGAAGUGUAUCUGUUAUCUCUGCUCUGUGGAUGAACAUAAAGGCCAUGACACAGUCUCAGCUGCAGCAGAAAGGACUGAGAGGCAGAGAGAGCUCCAGGUGAGACGAGAAAACAUCCAGCAGAGAAUCCAGGACAGAGAGAAAGAUGUGAAGCUGCUUCAACAGGAGCUGGAGGCCAUCAACUGCUCUGCUGAUAAAACAGUGGAGGACAGUGAGAAGAUCUUCACUGAGCUGAUCCGUCUCAUCCAGAAAAGAAGAUCUGAGGUGAAGCAGCAGAUCAGAUCCCAGCAGGAAACUGAAGGGAGUCGAGUCAAAGAGCUUCAGGAGAAGCUGGAGCAGGAGAUCACUGAGCUGAAGAGGAAAGACGCUGAGCUGAAGCAGCUCUCAGACACAGAGGAUCACAACCAGUUUCUCCACAACUACCCCUCACUGUCAGCACUCAGUGAGUCUACACACUCAUCCAGCAUCAAGAUCCGUCCUCUGACCUACUUUGAGGAUGUGACAGCAGCUGUGUCAGAGCUCAGAUAUCAACUACAGGACAUCCUGAGAGACGCAUGGACAAACAUCUCACUGAGACUCACUGAGGUAAAUGUUUCACUGUCAGAACCAGAACCAAAGAGCAGAGCUGGGUUUUUGAGAUAUUCAUGUGAAAUCACAUUGGAUCCAAACACAGCAUACAAUUAUCUGUUACUAUCAGAGGGGAACAAGAAGGUGACAUGGUUGAAUCAACCUCAGUCUUAUUCCAGUCACCCAGAUGGAUUCACUGAUUGUUUUCAGGUUCUGAGUAGAGAGAGUCUGACUGGACGUUAUUACUGGGAGGUGGAGAGGAGAGGGAAAGUUUAUGUAGCAGUUUACGUUUACAUUGCAUACCAGCAAUUACAUUGAAUAUCAGCAGAGCAGGCGGAGAUGAAUGGGGAUUUGGACCCAAUGACAAAUCUUGGGUAUUAGAUUGGGACCAAAACAGUCUUC